AACCCUAUUUUCCCUCGACCUCCUCGAAGUCCUCGAUUCCGUGAUCUACACUCGUUUCGUUGCAAAUAGCCAGUAGUUUCAUUAUUUUUCAGCUUUUCCUCUUCAUUUGUUUCCAAAAUUUAGGAAGUAGAAUCUGUAUGGUUAUCCACAAUCAGUUUACUUGCUUCUCGGUCACCUUUUCUGCAUUAAGCACUGAAAUCCUACCUACUAUGUUUAUUGUUUAGGCAUCUCAUCGCUACUGCAUAAUUUUAUCUCACGCUCACCGCGUUAAGUGUGGAAUUCUCAUCAUCACUCCGUCCAUCAUGUCCUUGCGCUUGAAUCUUAAAUCUGCUUUUCUCCAACAAAAGUCCAACGUCAGCUUCUGCAAGAAAUGCAGCAUUAGCACCUAUUCAGCCGUGCUCAACAAAAUGAGGGAAGGAAGAUUCUUGAACAAAUUGAUGGGGCAUUCCAAGAAAAGGCGGCGAACAUGGCAGCCAGAUGUUGCUCCUUCCAACAAUGUGAUGGGUGAAAUGUUGAAACGUUCAGUAGGAAAGCAGCAUAUGCAAAGACUAUCAGUGCUCAACCACAUGUUCAUGGAAAACAUAACGGAUUAUUUGUCUUCAUGUGAGCUGUCUGAGAAACUUGCUGAGUUCAAUUUAGAAAUAUCUGAGGUAAAAAUAUCAGUCGAUUUGAAUUUUUUGAAUGUUUAUUGGAGCAGCACUGCCCGGGACAGUCAUGAUACAAUUCAAGCAGAGCUAGAAAACAUUGCUUUCCCACUAAGGAAUGAAUUGUCGCGGUUGCAAGUGAUGGGAUCUGUACCACGAAUUAUUUUUAUAAGAGAUGAGAAAAGUGACUCUAUGGCUAUAAUAGACGACCUUCUAAGGAAAGCAGACUAUGGUGAAGAUUUUGUACCAUCAGAUGCAACUUUAUUCCAAGGCAUCGAACUCCCCAAAUCUGCGGAGGUUUUAGAAUUUGAAGCCUCUGAAGCAGGGAAGAAAGCUGCAGAAGAGCGUUUACAAGAAUCUCGUCGAACUGAAGUGGACCGCCUCAUGGCAUUGCAGAAACACAAUGUGUUUAACUUGGAUCAGGGCGCUAUUAUGGGAAGAAUUAAAGCAGCUGUUGAAAAGUCGAGAGCUCCGCAUCGUAAACAUCUGACUUACGGAGAAAUUCCCACAGAGCCCAAACCUGAGGAAUCCUUGGCUGAAAUCACCGCGAAAAUAAAAGCCUUGACGUCAACAGAGGUUAAAGAUUUCAUGACUGAGCGAAGGAAGGCAGCAUUGAAAGACCAACGAUUACUGAUGCGAGAGGAGAUGAGAACUCCUGAUCAAAGGAUCAAAGAGUCUGACCUAGAUGAACGAAUCCGGGAAGAGUUCGCCGAUGACUAUAGUAAUUAUGAUUUUAGAGAUUCAGAUGAUCAUCGCUGAAAUGAUGCCCAUCCAAAGUCAUCAAAGAAGUUUACAGCAAUGCAAAGCAAGUACACUUGUCUGCUUAGUCGAAAUCCCACUUCCGGAAAUUCGCCUCUUGUGUGAUGGAGCGAAACAAUGAAAUGUUUGAGAAAUAGUUGGACUGCCAAAUCACUCCUAUCAACCACUCAGUUUAGGUGAAUAUUAAUACCCUGUUUGACAGUUUCUUUUAGAUCAAAAUCUCAAGUUAAAACGAGUUGGUGAAACGAAACUGUUUAAUUACAUUAUCUGAGAGGUGCAAAUUAGCAAAGUCAUGGGAACUUCUUCAAUUUUUAUUUAAGUAUAUAUUCUCUCUGUCGUAAUUCUCUUUUAAGGAGUUUCAUUUUGCCUGCUUUCUCUUAGACUUGAAAACUGCACGGUCUUUUCUAAUUAGGUCUCGUCCUCUAUAAGAAGUCUCAUCAGUGAUUAAUGCUUACUUCCAAAAGGGUAUGAUUUUCUUAACUCACUCUCUUUUCCAAAAAAGACGUAGGUUCUCUGCCACCAAUUAUUUUGUCAUUGCAGCUUGUCGUAUCAUUUUUUCAAAAAUCCAUUGAUGCCUCUCAAUCUUUUUUUGCAAAUGGGUGGCAAGGAGAGUACUGUUUUGAAUAGAACAUAUGCGUCAAGGGCGCACUGAGAAAAAGGAAAGGUAUUGCAGAAGCAUGAGUGGGAAGAAAAAAAAUUGUACCUUAAACGAAGCUACUGCGUCCUUAUUUCAAAUGUUGAAAUGAUUUCGUAGUGAAUAUGAGGAUCAGAUCUUAAAACUGCACUUCAUCAGUAUGACUCAAAGAACCAUUAUAGCACAUAAGCUUGUUGGGAGCGGAAAAUGAAAAAAUAAAAAUCACAUAUAACCAUAAAAUAUACUGACCAAAACUCAGCAAAAACAUAAAACCAGAUAAAGGCAAAAAAAAAAAAAAACAGUGAUUCCAAAGCUGGAUUAGGGUGCCAACCGCAGGGUAUUUAGACUUUAAAUUAUAUUGGUUUCGAGAAGUGGGGCCUGUAAUCAACCCAAAAAAUUAGUUAAUUUCGGUAUUUAUAAAUUUGGUACUUUCACCUUGAAAUGGUCAUCUCCUUCCAGUAUUCAGUUCGCAACUGAACUGUUUUCACUGUCACUGAUGAAACUUCCAGGCAUUGCUGAGUGACCUUUAAGUUAUGUAUAAGCGUGAGUUUCAAAUGCUGUUCCAUGAAGCCCUCAACCUAAAGUCAGUGGGUUGCCAAUUGGAAACCAAAAGUUUAAGUCAGCGGUACCCAUUCAAGGUUAUCCAUCCAAUAUUUUGAGGGAUCUGAAACGCAGGUAGUUUCCUUCAACCCACGGUCACUAAAUUAAUUUAGUAUUUUGUGUGGAAAAUAAUGUGCCCAAUGUUAUAAAGUUUGUUAUGUGAUCAAGGAAUGAUUAAGUAAAUGGAGAUUAAAAACUA